GUCAUUUUAAGGGUAUCGGUUGUUUCGAGAUUAGGCUACUUUGUGGCCUGCAGGAGCAAGGCGGAGAAUACCAGAAAAUGGCAAUGAAUGUUAAUCUGAACCUUGAUGCCUUUGAUGACAAAUGUAGUCGUUUUGAAAUUCUGGCCUGGCUUAACAAAUUACUACAAACCAAGUUCACCCAGGUGGAGCAGAUAUGUUCAGGGGCAUGUUUUUGCCAGAUAAUGGAUUGGCUCUUUCCAGGAACUAUCAACAUUAGCAAAGUAAAUUUUCAGUCCCAGGACCAAGCAGACUUUCUUCAGAACUACAGUCUUCUACAAGAAAGCUUCACAAAAAAUGGCAUCACAAAAGCUAUUCCAGCAGAAGAGCUCAUCACUGGGAAAUUCAAGCCCAAUUUUGCCUUUCUAAAGUGGUUCAAGAAGUUUUUUCAAACUAACCUGACUGGACAGGUGUAUAGCCCAGUAGAAGCGCGCAAUGGGCAGGAAAUUGCACUUGCAAGACCGCUGCAGUCUCCCCAAGUUUCAAAAGCCUUAAGAAGUCUUAAUACACCUGGAAAAGUGAAAGAGGAUUUAGACACAGAUGUGGAGGUCCAAGACAGAAAACACAUCACUUAUGACCCCCAAUGGCAAGAAAUCAUCAAUUGGGUCAGACCCAGCACUCUGGGGACUAUUUAUGCAUAUUGUACAAUCUGUAAUAUAAAUCUUAAUAUCCUCCACUCAGGAUUGCUUGACUUAAAACGACACCAGCAGAGUAAAAGGCACAAGAUGGGUACACCAAAGGUAUCAUCAAAGGAAAAGCAGGUUGACAACUCUAUCAUCUGUAACGAACUCAUGCAACGGUUCAUUGAAACACAUUGUUUGCCUCUUCACACUAACAAAGUCUCCCAACGCACUGUGAAGCAUGUUCUUGGAUUACAGUACCCAAAGGACAUUACUUCUGCUGCCAAGCAGAUCCCUUAUUGUGUGUACCUUUAUGGUCAGGUGGCACUAAGUGAAGGAAGCUGUGCCUGUGUAGUACUUCUGGGAUUUUUUGACGAAAAAGUUGCAAAGCACUGCAUACGAAUCCUGGACGUUUUUCAUUAUGUAGACUCCAGUGAUGCUAUUGCUACAUCUUUGGUGCACACUCUGAAAAGAUUUGAGCUGCCUUUUAGUAACAUGGCAGCUUUCUAUGUUGAUGGAUGUGCUGAGACAUCUGAGAAGGUUGCCUGGAAGCUGAAGGAACUCAACCCAAAAGUGGUGGCUCUUGGUGGUCUUUAUAGUUUGGCAGACUCUGCCUGCCACUCUGGAGUAAUGGCCUUCUCCAACCAGGUUCAGGAGCUGAUUGUUAACAUUUAUGAACACUAUUCCACUUGCUGCACUAAGAAUGAUAAUCUCAAGGUGUUGUUUGCAGGUGUUGAUGGCAUUGAUACCUCAGUGGCUUCUGUUUCCCACAGCUGCAAGAAUUUUUGUGUUCUCAUUCACAGAGUCAUCAGAAUGUGGAAAGACCUGAUCUCAUACUUCACCUCCUGUAGUGAAAAGGAUGAUAAGGCUAAAUUAAUUUGCUCUCAGCUGGAAAAUCCCAGACUCAGGGUUACUUUCAUGUUUCUAGAACAUGGCCUUGAACCACUUAAUGUUUUUAAUGAUCGUCUGCAACACCGCAAGGGUUCUGCUCGUGCUGAUCUUGUACAGAUCUUACAUGAAGCCAGUGGCCUCUUACGUUCCUAUGCGUCCAGUUUUCUCAGACCUCAGGCUGUUGAACGUUUCCUGAAGGAACGAGACCCAGCCGUCCUUGAGAACCCAAAGUUACAUCUUCCAAGCGCUGAACUCAGCUUGGGUGGAGCAAUGGUGGAGGACUUCCUGUCUGAAAAUUAUGUGGAAAUAGCUGACUCCUUGACAGUGCUUCAGAAUGAGUGCAUGGCAUUUUAUAAGGCACUUACAGCUUGUGCAGCUGAAAGUCUCCCCUUGAGUUAUGGUAUCCUAAGGAGUAUGGCCCAACUUCUCAGUCCAGAGGGAAGACUAAAGGUCACAGGCAAGGCUGUAGUAGACCUUGGUGCUCAGUUUGGUCUCUUUGCUACCCCUAAUUCAUCUGCCCAGCUUAGAGAUGAGUUCCUUGAGUACCAGCUUAUUGAGGAAGGAGAUGGUGAUGGCAAAGAGGCAAACAGACAUGCUGAAAGCCUCUCAGAUGGGCUACCUAGCCCUUCCUUAGAGCAGCAUUGGAGCUCAGUCCUCAAGACCACCGGGCAAGCAUCUGUUUUCCGAAAGCUUGUCCUUAGCCUUCUGGCUUUGCCCUGUCCACCUCUUGAAGCCGAGAAAAUCUUUGCUCAGGCAGUGGAUAAUGGAGAUGUGGUCCGACAGGAUGACAGCUUGGCUCACAGCGACGCUGACAGUACCAGAGUAAUGCACACAGUCAAUGACGACUCAUCCUCAGAACUCACCAGUGCCAAGACAUCACCUGACAGGAAAGAGAGGAGGAAAAACACGAAAAAGAUGGUUGACCUUUCAGACUCAGUGAAGCCAUGCACGGUGCGACUACAGAGGAUAACCAGUAAGAGAGGGAUCAACUUAAACAAAGAUGGUGAAAUGGUCUUUGUUGAAGAUGAUGUAGUUUGGACUAGUACCUCCAAACAGGAGGGCUCCAUUAGGGGCAUAUUUGGUUGGGAAAGCAGUUUGCGACAGAAGCCACAGGCACGUACUCUGUUUCAGGCUGGGUCUGGCACCUGGGGCAAACCACAGGACAUCCAGAAGGACAAAAAGGCAGAGGUGGUGAAAAGUACCUAUACUGCAAAUCCCAUGACUGGAAAGAAAGGUCAGAAGUACCAGGAUGGGAGGAGAUUUGGCAUUGGUGAGCUGGUGUGGGGGAAGGUGAAGGGUUUCUCAUGGUGGCCAGGACUGGUGGUGGACUGGAAGACAAAGACACCGCGGCAAUCCUUGAGACGUGUGGAAUGGUUCGGAGAUGGCAUGUACUCAGAGAUUUAUACAGAGAGACUUUUGCCGUUUGCUUCAUUUACAAAGUGCUUUUGCAACAAUUCGUUUGCCAGUCUGCCCACCUACAAAGAUGCCAUUUACCAUGUUCUUGAGUUGGCAGGUGAGCGUUGCUCAAAAAGUUUUAACUCCACUGGGAACAAAGAGGAGGAGCUUAAGAUGAUGCUGGACUGGGCUCUUGGGGGCUUUCAACCCACAGGCCCCAAUGGCUUUGCACCUCCAGUCUCUUAUGAUUCAUCUAGCAACCAAAAGCUAGAGUCUUCAGACUCAUCUAUGUCUGAUUACCAGCCUCCAGCCAAGAGAAAAUAUGUUCACAAAGGCAGACCUUCCAUGACCCAAGAGUACACCAGAGACCAAAUGGUUCACGAAGUCACAGAAAAAGGCAAAAACAUCAAGGAUUUUUGCCUUUCAUGUGGAAGUACCAACACUGAUAUUUUCCAUCCACUUUUUGAGGGAAGCCUUUGUUUAAAAUGCAAGGCAAAUUUCACUGAGACCCUUUUUCGAUAUGAUGAAGAUGGAUACCAAUCUUACUGCACUGUAUGCUGUGCUGGGCUGGAAGUCAUUCUGUGCGGCAAUGCAAGCUGCUGCAGAUGUUACUGUAGGGACUGUUUGAACGUGCUUGUUGGAGCAGGGACCUUUGAAAAAGUGAAGGAAGUAGAUCCGUGGAGCUGCUACAUCUGUCUGCCCCCUCAGAAGUAUGGUGUGCUCAAGGUCAGACAAGACUGGAGCGUGCGUGUACAGGAGUUCUUCGCCAAUAACAGUGCCUUUGAAUUUGAGCCACACAGAGUUUACCCAUCAAUUCCUGCUCAUCAGCGCCAGCCAAUAAGGGUCCUCUCCCUCUUUGAUGGUAUUGCCACAGGCUAUCUUGUUCUAAAAGACCUGGGAUUCAAGGUGGAGCGCUACAUUGCCUCUGAGAUCUGUGAGGACUCCAUCACCGUGGGUAUGAUCAAGCAUGAGGGGAAGGUUGAAUACGUCAACGACGUACGUACUAUCACCAGGAAGCAUCUGGCUGAAUGGGGUCCUUUUGACCUCCUGAUUGGUGGCAGUCCCUGUAAUGACCUUUCCAUGGUUAAUCCAGCCAGAAAGGGCCUUUUUGAGGGCACAGGUCGACUGUUUUUUGAGUACUACCGCAUGCUGACCAUGAUGAGACCUAAAGAUGAUGAUGACCGCCCAUUCUUCUGGCUCUUUGAAAAUGUCGUGGCCAUGAGUGCCCAUGAUAAAGCUGACAUCUGUCGCUUCUUGGAGUGUAAUCCGAUCCUGAUUGAUGCUGUUAAAGUGAGCCCAGCACACAGAGCUCGCUACUUCUGGGGUAACCUCCCUGGAAUGAACAGACCACUGGCUAACUCACAUAAUGACAAAGUGGAUCUGCAGGACUGCCUUGAGGUUGGACGAGUUGCUCAGUUUAAUAAAGUGCGAACCAUCACAACCAAAUCCAACUCCAUUAAGCAAGGGAAAAUGGGACCUCUGCCCGUUACCAUGAAUGGGAAGGAAGAUUACCUUUGGUGCACAGAGAUGGAAAGCAUUUUUGGUUUCCCUAAGCAUUAUACAGAUGUGAAUAACAUGGGUCGAGGACAGAGGCAGAAGGUUCUGGGCCGUUCCUGGAGUGUUCCUGUGAUCCGGCAUCUCUUUGCCCCACUGAAGGACUACUUUGCGUGCGAGUCCUAGUUGCCCUUGGAACCACUUCCACCAUGUAACAUUAUCACCAAAACUGAGAUUCAGUAUGAGACAAAUUAUAGUGGAGCAAUGGAAUUUUUACAUUUAUAAUAUUUACAAUCCCUGUUUCUUUGUAACUAACUAAUUUUUAGAUGGUUCUCUAUCAAACAUUGAUUCAAUAUCUCACCCUAGUAGCAGCAGUGGCCCUACCAUUUUGAAGGGGUGGGGGGUGGGGUCACAUCUUUGGUGCUUUGGCAGUCAGUCAUGUUUCAGGAGUUCCCAUAGUGUGAUAUCUCACUCCUGUUAUCAGAGAACUGGACCUGUGUGAGUAACUGAACUUUGUUAUUUUGUUUUACUUUUAAUUAUUUCUGCAAACAGUAACCUCAACUAUAAAUCAUGUUUUUACCAUUUUAAGCAUUUUAAAGUGACUUGAUCAGGAGUAGUGUGAUGGUGGUCUUUAGAAUGCACAGACACUUUUUAAUUGUUUUUUUAAACUUAUUUUGCUAUAUAUCUACUUUCCUUGCAUUGACUUAGAUAAUGACUCUGAUUAUGCUGGAGAGAGCCUGGUAAAACCCCACCCACUACCUCAUUGAUAUUCUGUGAUUAGUCCAUUGUCAAGAGAACUAUGAUUUACCUAUUUAUAAUUUAAUAAGGGAAAAUGAGUUUCGUUUUAAAGACACUCUAAAUGUUACAUGAGUUUGUCAGGAUUUUGUUGUCCAGUGCUCUCAGAAUGUUUUUGCUGUGUAUCAUUUUAGCAUUUCUAUCUAGAAACUGCCUCAGUACACGUAAUAUUUUUAGACCAAUGGCAUUUGUCUCUUGACUAUAUUAAACAUAAUUGUCUAAUUUAAUUUGAUAUACUAUAGGUUUUCAUUCUGAAGAAGUCUCAAAGCCCAGUAAGUGGCACGAUAAAUGGUGCUUCAACUUUACAGUCUUCCUGUACUAUUUCUGAUGCUGUGUACUAUGACACCAACAUGAAUAUACUGUGGUUUUUUUUAAUCAAU